UGGGUGCCGGUAUUGGAUGAUGAACUCUUACGUGAACAACAGGCUGCAUAUAGGGUACAAGGCGUAGAUGAAGAUCAACCAGCCGGACCAAUACUUAAACAAAAGCAGAAGAAACGACAGAGAAGUCCGAAUGGGGAAGGAACAAACAAACAGCAGAAGAGAAGGGUCAACACAUCCGUUUAUGUUUCCGGGCUACCUCUUGACUGUACAAAGGAUGAAGUUGCAAAGGUGUUCUCUCGUUAUGGCGUGCUGAAUGAAGAUGACGAUGGUGAGCCAAGAGUGAAAAUGUAUGCUGAUACAAAGACAGGGAUGUUUAAAGGAGAAGCAUUGGUGACUUACUUCAAACAAGAAAGUGUUGAGCUGGCUAUCAAUGUUUUGGAUGAAAGCUGUUUACGCGCAGCAGAAGGCAGGACCACACCCAUCAUGCGUGUAAUGCAGGCUGAGUUUGGCAACGAGAAACAAAAAGGAGGAGAUGAAGUAGAUAAUGCAAAGCAUGAAGCUGCCAUCGGUCAAGCUAAUGAAGGUCUAGCGUCAAAUUCUACCAAUACUCAACGAACCAUGUCUCACGCUGAUAAGAAGCGAGCUCAGAAACGAUAUGCGAAAAUGAACAAUAAAUUACUCGAUUGGGAUUCCGAUUCAGAGCAUGAAAGGGAAGAACAGGCAAACGCACAAUCGCAUACAGCCAUAACAGCACAGCCAGAGAAUGUCAGGCAAGUAUGUCUACGCAGGAUGUUCACAAUUGCCGAACUGGAAGAAGAUCCAACAUUAUUAUUGGAUUUGAAAGAAGAUGUACGAGAAGAAUGCGAAUCUUUAGGAAAGGUGACAAAUGUGAUCUUGUGGGAUAAAGAACCUGAAGGUAUAAUGACGAUCAAAUUCGCACAAAAUGCUUCAGCGGUAGAGUGUGUACAAAAGAUGGAUGGAAGAUUCUUUGGCGGUAGAAAAGUUAUCGCACAUCUCUUGCCUGGCAAACCUAAAUUCAGGCGUUCAGAUCGAGAUGUUGAAGAUAUAGAGGAUGAAGAUGAGCCGGCUGAGGGAGAGCAGGUAGGAGAUGGUCAAGUGAACGAACAACAAAGGAGAAAAGAUGCCUUUGGUGAAUGGCUCGAA